AUGCGAUCCACUUCCAGCGAUAAAGUAACCAAAUUUGGUAUCCGCACGAUCACCUGCCCGGGUGAGUUCCACACACCCGAUGCUGUCAGCCUGCUCCUAGGGGCGGUGGGUCGGGAUCUGUUCCGGGCGGACAUCACCUGGAGCAAGGUGAUCUCGCUGUUUGCCAUUGCCGGCGGCCUGUCGGUGUACUGUGUGCGGCAGGGGCAUCCCGAGUACCUGCCCAAGCUGAUGGAGAGCGUCUCGGAGGUGAUUGAGGAUGAGCUGGUGCCCUGGAUCAAUGAGAACGGUGGCUGGAGCGGCAUCAAUACCCAUGUUCUGCCCACGACCAACAGCUUGAAUCCGCUCGAGUGGACGACGCUGGUGAUAGGUGUGGUUUUUGGCCUAAUUCUGCUUUUUAUGUUCUUACGUUUUAUAGUAAGCACGAUAAUACCGAAAAUAUAUCAACGAUUUACGAACUGAA